AUGGGCUGGCCGGGUUGGCCGCCAACACUCACGUGGUCGGCAUGGCCCAUCUUCAUCAAGCCGGGACAGUGGAAAUUGCUGUUUGGCGGUUUUCCUGGGCACCCGACAGCUCCGCGACGUCGUCUUAGCCCAUGGUUGAAUUGUACGACAGUCGUGAAAUUGAAACGGCACAAUGUCGGACGUUUGGUGUGUCAGCUUCGGCCGGUGUACACGAGGUUUGGUGCUGGAGCUCCGAAGGAACUUGAUGUUGCCGACGUUCGACUUAAUCGGAGGUCGUGA